AUGGCUUAUUCUAAUCGAAAAGGAAAUCUAUCAUCGGCAACACAUAUUGCAAAUGCUACUCAAGUAGUAUCCAAUCAAGUGUGGCGUUACUCAAACAUAAAUAAUGUCAAAGUUGUUUAUAACUCAACCGAUGCUCAAAAAUAUUUACUAACUGUUGCCAAGGGGUGGGGAAUCGAUGAAUCUUCUGAAAUCGGAAGAAAAUUUAUGAAUGAUAUACUGAAAGCGACUGAACAACAUCAUCCCGUACCGACGCAUCCAUCAAUGUUUGAAUAUCCAAUGGAAACGGAACAUGAAACACAUUAUAUGCUGAUUUUGAUCUAUGCGAAAGAGGAUCGAAUUGAAAUUGGUUAUUCAUAUCAUUAUAUGACAAAUCAAACAUCAGCAAAGUGUAGCGAUCCAACGAUAUCACAACGAUACUCUAUUCAAUGGCUUAGAGAAAAAGCUAGACAAAGUUUAAAAUUUCCAGCGGCUAUAGUUACUUCAAUGAUAGAUAAUGACACAUCAGCAGUUCAAGAUAGUAUGCACCGUGGUCAUCAACAACAGCUACCACCAGCCUCAAUACCCACUGCCUUGUUUGCAAAUGCGCUUCAUAAUGACAUUGCAACGGAUGAUAUAUCUCAACCAACUUCAUCUAACAAUCCUGCUCCCCUUGUAAAACCGAACAGUCUCACGGCUAAAAUACCGCGCCUUUUCCUCUUGGGUAAUCACGAUAUGUCAAGUGGUGGAAAAAUAACAAUCCGACGUUCUGGUGUCGAAUCAGUUGAACGACAUCGUAAAGAAGCUGGCUCUGUCUGGAAACAUACUCACGUGAACGGAUCAAGAACACUCUCAAAUGCGAAUGAUGCUGAAUCAUAUAUUGACAAAUUAUCACCUGCAUGGGAUUUGUCUUCAAGUAUGACAGGUAGAAUUUUCAUUGCUGAUAUAAAAGCUCAAUGUCAAGUUGUGGGUUCUGGUGCAAUUGAUCAUGUGCAUGUUGAAUUUAAUGAAGGAACACAAACAGGCACCGGCAAAUAUAUUUUAGUCGCUAUUCAUGUAGAUCGCGAUAACCGAAUUACACUUAGCUAUACCUAUCAUGAGGUAAGUGAUAGGUUGAAACCUAAUUGGAUAUAUACACAAUAUGCUACUGGUGCUGUGUCAGAUUGGUUAAAAUCAAAAGCAAUAGAAAACCUUCGAGGAAUGGUACCAUCAAGUAGUCUACCAUCUAUAACCUAUGAAUAA